AUGGCUACCAUUGCCCCGUCUCGUAGCGACUCUCCAGCGAACAUUCAGAGGAUAACGUCUCCCUCAAUUCCCAGCCCAGGUGGGACACCUUCGUCUUCAGUUCGUCCGUCCAUCGAUCUCGCCAGGAACAAUGCAUCCUCUCCCUCUCCCUCGCUUGCAGCCCCUCCGUCAAGCACACAAAGACGCAAUCGUGCAGCCCUUCGGGACUACUACAAUCUCAAAUCCAAAGCAGCUUCUCAAGAGCGUCGAGAUGUAAGCCGCAGUGCAAGUAUAACCUCCGCGACCUCCGACUCCACGAUAGCUACCACCUCUACUGCCAUUCCGGAGACAACCCCUUCCCUCACAGCACACUUGGACGACCCAUCCUUCGAUGCCGAAACAUUCGUCUCCGAACUCUUAAAAACUGCCAGUCUACGUGAUAUCCUGAAAACUGAGAGUGCUCUAGUCAGUGAAAUCAGGACACUCGAUGGCGAGCGCAAGGCACUGGUUUACGACAAUUACAGCAAGCUGAUCAAGGCAGUCGGGACGAUUGCGGAGAUGCAGAAAGGCAUGCACAAGGACAAAGAACAGGACAUGAGGGCAAAUGUGCUGGCCAGACAGAAGAGUGAGCAAAGCUCGGGCCUUGACGGUGUGGCAUUGCUGGGCGAGAAGUUAGAUGUGUUGUUGAAAGUUGUAAAAGAUAUUAGUCCAAGUGUACCGGACGGAGAAAGGGCGGCACAGGUGACCGAGGCCAGGCGGAAGAGAACACAAAAGGAUAUCGUUAAGUGGGCUUUGGAAGCACCCACACGGCUGCAACAAAUGGUUGACCGGGAAGAAAGUGAAGAGGCUGAACGGGAAUAUGUCGCUAUCACCGAAGUGUUGGACAAUUGGAAUGGUGUCGGUGGUGUCGAGGAGCUGCGAGCCAGAUGUGCCAAGGUCAUGCGGACCGCAAAGGAGGGAACGAGUCCGAGUGAGCAAGGAGACUCAGGCGACUCAGGGUAA